AUGGUCACUGUCAUACUUCGGUUGUUGCUUUCGGUGACCCUCAUUUACUCCACCUCGUCCAGCACAUUUACAUCUAAAUGUUUCGUAUACAAACCCAACCAUGCAGUCUCGAAUUCGCAAUCAAUCUCUGAGCUUUUUCGUGUGACUAUAGGCGACUGCCUCAAUUACUGUAUUAUGAAUGCUGCUAAAAUGGGAGAUGGAUGCGCCUCAGCCGUCUAUCACAAGCUUCACUCAACUUGUCAGAUCUACGGGCACAAUGGCAAUUUUAAUGGUUCCGUCGUUGUACCCGUCGAUGACCACGACUUCUACGAGCGCACUAGCUGGGCUGGAGUUUGUCAGGAUAAAGUUGUACCCAAACGCGGUUACAAGCAGAGGCCACGACAGUAUGCAGCACGCUCUGAACGAGUUUCUAAUACAGUUGAUAUUUCGAAAUACGCAGAUUUCGUCAAUCUGCAGACUUCGGAACCAUUGACGGAUACAACAUCUGUGACGUCUUCGACACCACCAUAUUUGCCACAUAUGGAGGAAGACGACAGUCGGUCUUCUGGGGAUGCUUCAACCAUAACUUUCUUGAAUCCAACCCGCAGCAGUGCUAAGAAAGACUGCUCAGCUGAGACUCCUUACAUCGUGUAUCCAUUCAAACAAAUGCACAAAAAGAUUAUCACUUCCUAUCCUGGAAUGAACUCAGUGGUCGCUUGUGUUGCAGCAUGUAUAGAUACCAAGGAUUGCAAAGCUGUGACGUAUAAAAUCGGUUUAUGUAUUUUACAUGGCGCGUCUCCAGCCACCGAUUCCGGAUUGCUUGUCGAUGGUAACGAACAAACGAUGGUGAUUGAAAACGGUUGCCAGCUCACCGCUUCAACACUUCCCUCAUUGUUGUCCAAUAAAAUAGAAACCCACUCAGGGCAGGCAGAACAAUCGCCGUGGGAAGAAUGGGGUGCAUGUCAGUUUAGGGGAGGCGAAAGAAUGAUAAGAGUGCGAUACAGAGAGUGUGACAACUGCGACAAUCUACAGGCUGAACCAUGCUGA